AUGAAGUUGAAUCCAUCUAAAUGCACCUUCGGGGUGCGAGGAGGAAAGUUUUUGGGUUACAUGGUCAGCAAAUGGGGCAUAGAGGCAAAUCCUGAAAGAAUAAAGGCGAUUAUGCAGUUGGGAUCACCAAAAUCGAUAAAGGAGGUGCAACAGUUAACGGGGAAGGUCGCCUCGCUAAAUCGUUUCAUAGCCAGGUUUGCUGAUCGAAACUUACCCUUCUUUAAGGAUUUGCGAAAAGCAAAUAAUUUUGAAUGGAAUGAGGAAUGCGAGAAGGCUCUGCAGGAAUUAAAACUGUAUUUAACUACCCCACCACUACUUUCUAAUCCCAUGAUUGGGGAAAAGUUGUAUGUGUACUUAGCUGUUUCAGAUAACGCAGUGAGCUCGGUGCUAGUUAGAGAAGAGAAUGGCAAACAAAAUCCUGUCUACUAUGUAAGCAAAAUGCUACAAGGGGCAGAAAAGAAAUAUAUCCAGAUCGAGAAGCUAGCGUUGGCUUUGGUUAUGUCAAAACUGGAUAUAUCCGGUAGGAUGAUCAAAUGGGCGGUGGAGCUAGGAGAAUUUGACAUUGAAUUCCAGACGAGGAAUGCAAUCAAAGCGCAAGUGUUUGCCGAUUUCUUAGUCGAGUUCACGGGUGAACAACCAGAGAAGGAGGAGAGAUGGUUGUUGCAUGAACUAGAUGGUGCUGAGAUCAAGAUCGCUGCGAGGUUAAAUUUUCCGGCUACAAAUAACGAAGCUGAAUAUGAAGCUUUGAUUCAAGGAUUGCAGACAGCGUUGGAUAGAGGUGCAGGGCAAUAUGAAACCCGCGAAUGGUCAAUGACACAAUACCUGGCGAGGGUGAAGGACAUGAUGAGGAGGUUUGACAGAUGCACGAUCGGCCAAAUCUUAAGGGAUGAGAACAUGCGAGCAGAUGCUUUGUCGAGGUUCGGGUCGUCGGUUGAAGGGAUUAAGGAAAGGAAGAUUACGGUAAUGGUGAAGUCUCAACCAAUAAUAGAUGAAGCAGAGAUCCAUGUGGUCGAGACGGCGGAUUCUUGGAAAACGCCUUUUAUUCGAUAUUUGAAGUAUGGGGAAUUACCGAGCGACGUGAUCGCUGCUAAGAGGUUGCAAUUCAAAGCUAAUAGUUUUACUUUGGUUGGAGAUGACUUAUACAAGAGAACUCCAGAAGGUAUUUUACUGAAGUGCUUAGAUGCGGAGAGGUCGCAGUAUGUUAUGAGGGAAAUACACGAGGGCAGUGGUGGAAAUCAUUCAGGAGGAAGGAUUAUUGCAUUCUCCAGUGACCCCUCUAGAGCGCUUGAAGGUUGCAUCCCUUUUGAUAAGUGGAGAAUCGACAUCAUUGGUCCGUUUCCUCAAGCGGUGGUGCAAAAAGAAUUUCUGAUUGUGGCGGUCGAAUAUUUUUCCAAGUGGAUCGAGGCUGAAGCUUUGGCAAAGAUCUCUGAGAAAGAGGUAAUAAAUUUCAUUUGGAAAAACAUUAUUUGCAGGUUUGGGAUCUCGCGGGUUCUAGUGUCGGAUAAUAGAACUCAGUUCCAAGGAAAGAAAAUCAUGGCAUGGUGUAAGGAACUAAAAAUCAAGCAGAACUUUACGGCAGUCGGGAAUCCACAAGCAAACGGGCAGGCGGAGGUCACAAACCGAACUUUGUUACAAUAUUUGAAGACUCGGUUGGAAGGAGCAAAAGGGGCAUGGGUCGAAGAACUGCCCGGAGUACUUUGGGCAUAUCGAACGACCCCACGAACUGCCACAAGUGAGACCCCUUUUUGUUUGGUAUAUGGUAGUGAAGCUAUCAUACCCGCGGAGAUCGGCGAAGAAACAGCUCGGGUCAUCCAAUAUGAAGCAGAAGGAAAUCCUCAGGAACGGUCUUUCGAUCUAACAGUGAUCGAAGAAGGAAGAGAUCGUGCGUAUGCGAAGAUCUUGUGA